AUGGCACCAUCACCGCCCGGCCGUGGAUGCUUUUGGGCUUUACGAAGCAUCGUUUUCCUUCUCAAUUUGCUUUUUUGGCUUUCGGGUUUAUUUAUACUAGCAUUGGGCUUAUGGCUUUUGCUGGAUCGUUCGGUUAAUGAUAUCCUCACUGCGAACAGUUCUUCACAAACGAGCGAUCAUUUUCCUCUGAUAUGUUAUCUGCUAAUUGGCACAGGUAUAUUAAUGGCGUUAAUUGGUGGAUUAGGCUGUUGUGGUGCAUGGCGUCUCAAUCAAGGAAUGUUAGUUGGUUUCUUCAUUAUCCUUCUAUUGGUAUUUUGCUUACAACUGGUGGCUGCAAUUCUAGCCUAUAGUCAACAGGAAUUUAUCAAACGCUAUAUCGAUCAAUCAAUGUAUCGUAUCGUUCAGGAACUUUAUGCUACUCAACCAGCUUAUAAGGAAUUAUUUGAUAAUAUACAAAGUGAAUUUAAAUGUUGUGGUGUUAGAGGAUAUCGAGACUGGCUGUAUUCUUCAUGGGGACGCGAUAUUCCUGGAAAAACUGAACUCGGGAUAGGUUACUCGGAUAUUGGCAAGGUACCACAAUCAUGUUGCAAUGAACAAGGCAUGCGUGAUUAUCCGACUGAUUGUGGUUUAACAUUCGACAAUGAAGCAAUUUAUGACGCAGCUAACAGUCACCUGGACAUUGUAAUAGCAGUCUGUGUCAUUAUGGGUACUGCUGAGCUAGUAGGUAUGUUCUUAACAAUGUUAUUGUGCUGUUGGCUAAAUGUUGAAAAACGUCGAAAAGCAAAUUUAUAG